AUGAGCUUCUUCGCAUUCGGUGAUCUGCCCACGAUCAAGACCCGCAAGGCCCUGCUGCUGCUGGAUUUCCAAAAUGACUUUGUCCGCCCGUCUGGCGCUCUGCCCGUUCCCAAUACAUCGGACAUCCUUGAGAUCUUACCCCCACUUGCAGCGGCAUUUCGUCGCUCCGGUGAUGUAAUCUGGGUGCGUUCGCAGUAUGAAUCUCCGCAGCCUAUGGAAGACUGGAACUUUGGGUCCCGCAUCGUCUUGGAAAAUGAGCCACCAAAGCCACUGCCUAUGCCCACGACAGAUGUGAUUGAAGUAUCGUCAGAUCGUGAUUCCCCAGAGCCUGUGGAUGCCGAAGCUUUUCUCUCCGGCAAAGCAGCAAUUUGCUGCUCGGUGCAGUCAACCGGGUUUCAGUUUCCCGCACCUAUCCUCGCUGCCAUCGACCUCGACCGUGACACCGUGCUAGACAAGACGGGGUACUCAGCUUUGGAGUCGGAUGGUCUGAUUCUGUCAUUUCGCACACGGUUUGUGACCGAGCUGUAUCUGUGUGGCUCUCUGUCGAAUAUCUCUGUGUAUGCCACCGCGCUAGAUGCCGUGCGCAACGGCUUCUCCGUGACACUGAUCGAGGACUGCUUGGGCUACCGCGACUUUCAGCGUCACCAAGAAGCUAUGCGCCGCAUGGCGGAUAUCCUAGGAGCAACGGGACUCACCGCGCAGGAGCUGAACCAGGAACUGGAGUGGCAGGAGACGGAUGAGAUCGCCCGAGAAACCAACGCGCAGCCACCCAAGCCUUCCAUCACCCCAGGCGCUCCCGUGGGUAUUGAGGAUUUCAUGGACAGUUUGGGUGUGCUACCCGAGGAACCGGAAAACCCAGAUGAAGAUGGCUUCAAUUUGACAAAACUGGCCUCGCAGACGCGGGCACAGAGGGUUGCGGCGGCCGCCACCCGGCCCCCUGUGGAAGCAAAGAAGCAAGUUCGUGCACGAGUGCGUCGCCCGAAGCGUCGUGAACGCACACCCGAGGUGGGGACUGGGAACCGACCGAACAAGGAGACACCGGACGGCGCCCUGGGCGAAGGCGAUUCCCGCAUGAUCCCAGAAAUCGAUCUGCCUGCAGACGCCUUCGAGCGUAUUCGCGCCGAGGUAUCCUGGCAGAAGAUGUACCAUCUGUCCGGCCAGGUCCCUCGACUGGUCGCAGUGCAAGGUCAUAUCCAGCCAGAUGGCUCUAUUCCAAUCUAUCGACACCCCGCGGAUGAGUCCCCACCGUUGAAGCCAUUCACGCCCGCCGUAGAUGAAGCGCGUAUCCUGGUCGAGCGCAUUCUCGGCCACCCUUUGAACCAUGUACUCAUUCAGCUGUAUCGGAAUGGACAGGAUUCUAUUUCUGAGCAUUCGGACAAGACCCUCGACAUUGUUCGAGGCUCCUUCAUUUGCAACGUCAGCUUGGGCGCUCAGCGUGUUAUGACUCUUCGCACCAAAAUCUCUACCUCUGAGUCGAAUGAAGGGACAGAACCAGGUCGUUCCAAGCAACAAGUUCCGCUGCCCCAUGGCUCUCUCUUCAUCCUCGGCGAGAAGACCAAUAUGCGCUGGCUUCAUGGUAUCCGGCCCGACAAACGCGCGGAGUCCACCAAAUCUCCCGAAGAGCAAGCUUUUGGUGGCGAGCGCAUCUCUCUUACGUUUCGACACAUUGGGACCUAUCUCAACCAGACCACAAAUACGAUCUGGGGCCAAGGAGCCAUCAGCAAAGCCCAGGAUAUGGCCCGACCUGUCGUCCACGGGGAGCCUGCAGAAACUGAACGGCUGAUCCGUGCAUUCGGGCAAGAAAAUCGGACCUCCGAGUUCGACUGGAAUGCUUUCUAUGGUGUUGGAUUUGAUGUGGUCAACUUUGUCACUGCGUCCAUCGCCCACUUGACGCUUAGUGGAGAUCUCGUUGCGGACCUGCGAGUGCAGAUAGGCCUGGGAGAAAAUGCUCUCCGCUACGAGAUUGUCGACGGCUCUGGAACACACACUCAGGAGGGCAAUUCCAACCAACGGCCACUGUACGUUGACCCGGAUGGACGGGCUGUUGCCGGUGAUGUGGCCAUUUUGAGACAUUUGGCUGAGCGACCCCCCGAGGCGAUACGGCCGGGCGCGGAAGCUUUACCAGGUGGCAAUGAGCUUCAAUGGAUUGAAGGGUUUUUGGGGCGCUGGCGCGAACAUUAUACUAACAACCCUGGUUAUCCCUUCGAAACCAACCUCGAGGAUUGCGAACAUGCAUUGGAAGGGAAACAUUACCUGGGAGGGUCAGCGUUCAGCAUCGAUGAUUGCUCAUUAUGGCCAGUCUUGCGGGAGAUGGUACUGACCCAGGGACCCUUUGAUGCUCGGUUCGUGAAUCUCCACCAGUACUAUAAUCGUGUCGAGAAACGGGGUAUUGUGAGGGCUAUCCUAGAGCGCUUUCAUUGA